AUGGCCUUGGACUUUGGGGACCACGCCAGUGGGUUCCGCCACAACGAGGUGAUCAGGUUCAUCAACAAUGAGGUUCUCAUGAAUGGGGGUGGCCCCGAUUUCUACGUGACCUUCCGCUCGCGGCCCUGGAAUGAGGUGGAGGAUCGGCUCCGGGUGGUCGUGGCUGACUCGCAGGUGCCGCGCCCCCUCAAAAGGGCCUGUGUCUGGAGCGCGCUGGCCCUGAGCGUGCGCGUGGGGGCGAGGCAGCGGGAGCAGGAGGCCCGCCAGGUCCAGCGGCUGCAGGACCAGGUGGAGGAGCGCGAGGCGGCUUCCUGGGCUCUGGCCUCCGAGCUACAGCGCCUGCGCGCGGAGCGCGAGGAGGCAGCCGUGCAGCUACGAUGCGCACGGGUCGCCCUACAGCAGGUGAUGGAUGAGCGCGAUAUGUUGCGUGUGCAACUGCUCCAGGUCGAGAGAUCCGCCCAGGUCGCCCCACCGGCUCAUGAUACAGUGCCGGUGCCUGUGCCUCCAGCUGAGCAGCUUGGGGCCACAGCGUGGCCCAUGGAUGCAGAGAAACAGGGCAAGAUGAUGACUAUGGGGGCACAAAGCGUGCCACAGUCAGAGGCCCAGGUGGCAGCCCCGGCAGCUGUGCUUUAUGUGCCUGGACCCCAGAGCCCCUGGGCCCAGGCCAUGCAGCCUCCUCUGCCAGUGCCGGUGCCACAUCCAUUCCAUGUGCCAUUCCAAAUGGGCUUCCCAUAUUCGACACCUCUACUACCCUCAGCAGUUAUGGAAGCAGAAGCAGCCACAACAGCAACAGCGUCAGCGGCAGCGGCAACCCAGAUGCUUACUUCGGGGAUCUACCCACCUGGCCCGUGGGCUGCAGUGGGGGUCCAGGAAAAGAUGGCCCCACUGUGUGACCAGAGUUGCUAUGGCCAGGAGGAAUAUCCUGAGAACCUCCAGGGUGAAUAUCCCCUGGAGGACAGCAGAAGCCACAGCCAAGAGGAAGGUCCUGUGUGUCCUCAGGGGAUGACCUCCCUGGGGGACAGAAGAAGCCACAGCCAGGAAGAAGAACCUGAGAAGCCCCAGGGGACAGCCCCCCUUGGAGAAAGCAGGAGCCACGGCCAGAACAAAUGUCCAGUGAUGCCCCAGGAGAUGUAUCCCUCAGGGAACAGCAAAAGCCACAGCAAAGAAGGUCCAGAGAGGCCCCAGGGGACAUCUCCCCUGAGAGGCAGCACAAGCUGUGGUGUGAGAAAAAGCCCAAAGAAACAGGAGUCUCAAGAGCAGAAGGCCAAGCAACCAAAAGGGAAAAAAGCCUCGGGUUCCCAGCAUCGGGGAAAGAAGUCUGCCUCACGCUUCAGAGCAAAGAAUUGGGAGUGCCUGUCCUGUAAAGGGAUGAAUUUCCCCUGGCGCAAGACCUGCUAUAAAUGCAAGAACGUCUGCGUGGCAGUUGAGAGUGAAAGCCUGGACCCAGGACAAACUCACUAA